UGUUCCAUUGCUCUGCUCAAGAACCACCAUGCUUGUCCGCUUCUCUUCCUUCAUCUCUCUCUUCCUCCUCUCUCUUCUCCCCCUAGUUCCCUCCCUUCCCUGCUUCGGCGUCACCUACUCCUCGCCCUCCAACUCCUCCCACCCUCGCUCCCAUCCGCCCUUCCUCCUUCCCGCCGCCAUUCAUUCCCUCAACUUGGCUUCUCUCCGCUUGGAAGAUUCCGACCCUUCCAUCAUUCGCUCCUUCCUGUACACCAAUGUCUCCCUCUUUCUCACCAUUCCCAACUACCUGGUCCCCCCAAUAGCCGCCAAUCGCUCCGCCGCCCUCAGCUGGCUCUACGUCCACGUCGUCCCUUUCUACCCUCGAGCCAAGAUUUCCACCAUCUCCGUCGGUAAUGAUUUCGUAGACGCUUCCCCUGACUCCGUCGACCAGCUGUUGCCCGCCAUCAGGAACUUGCACCUGUCGCUUCGGGAUCUUGGGAUCCGCAAGAUUUCCGUGUCCACCUCUUUCUCUUUCGUCAGCGCCAUAUCCACGCCGUUCCCUCCUUCAGCGGCUCAAUUUCGAGAACCUCCCGGGGAUAAUGUCAUCGGGCCGUUGCUGCGGUUCUUGAGGGACACCAAUUCGUCGUUCUUGAUCAAUGUGUACCCGUACAACUUGUACAGGCUGAGGUCUGAGAUUCCGAUUGGGAUUGCCCUGUUUCAAGAACACGCUUUCAAUUUCAGGGACGACGUGACCACCGGCGUUCGGUACUAUAAUCUUUUUGACAUGAUGAUUGACGCCGUGGUUAGUGCGAUGGCGGUGGCGGGAUACGAGAAUAUACCCAUUAUCGUGACGGAGACGGGGUGGCCCAGCGCUAGCUCCACGGGGAAUGAGGCGGACGCGAACAAGGUGUACGCCGAGAUAUAUCUAAAGGGUCUGGUGAAGCACCUCAAGUCCGGCAAGGGCACGCCUCUGAGAAAAGAAGGGUUGUCAGAGGUUUACAUAUACGAGCUGUUUGACAAGGAACCGGAGCGAGGAAAACAUCCUUUGGGUCGUAGUUGGGGGAUUUUGUAUCCAAACUUGACUAUGAAGUACCAUCAUAUCGACUUCUCUGGAUCAUCCACUAUUCUUGGUGCUAAGGCUUGGAUUAAGAUGGCAGUGGCAAUGUCGUCGCCGUUCCUUCUUGUGGUGUGUCUGUAGACAUGCUGUGGAUAGCGAGACUCUUGAGCAAAUUGUUGCUUACCCUCAGUUGGGUUUAUGAUGCUUGCAGACACUGAAACAGUGUCCGUGUCCGUGUCCGUGUGGUUAGGGUUUCAUUGAUCUGUGAUAUCCUGAUCAGCUAGGUCUCAAGCUAUUCUUUACAAAUUGUUUCUGUUCAUAUUGUGUAGAGAAGGACUCUUCAUGGAUUUUCUUCUGAUCUUGAGUGCAGGUUGGUGUCGUAUUAUCUUCUUGGUCAACAGAUUGCAG